CGAACACAACAGCACUUUGCGCAGCUACAGACGGCCACUCAGCUGCUGAAGGAAAGCGGCGUUGGUAUUGUUGCAUCUCUGGUCUCGUCCUCCCUUCCUCCUCCUUCCCCCUCUUUACUCAUCCACCCAUCCGUCCAUCCGUCCACUCCCUCUCCACACACGCACACCGAUUUUCGCAUCGCCUCCUCCGGCACAAUGACCAACGAUUCUCCGGAGGAGGAGACCCGAGCUCCGCGCGGCGGAGGAGGAGGAGGAGAAGGAGGAGGAGGAGGAGGGAAAGGAAUCACACGAAGGAACCCAGCGGAUGACAAUGUGACCAUCCUGACAUCCUCCAUGGAUUUCCAAAGAGCCGGCCGCAGCCGAGCCAGCAGCAGCAGCAACGACGCCGCCUCGAGCAUCACGUCCUCCCUGGAGCUGAGCAUCCAGACGCGGAUCUUUAAGAUCAUCGUCAUUGGGGACUCCAACGUGGGCAAGACGUGCCUCACCUUCCGCUUCACCGGGGGGAGCUUCCCCGACAAGACCGAGGCCACCAUCGGCGUGGAUUUUAGGGAGAAGGCGGUGGAGAUCGAAGGGGAGACUAUCAAGGUGCAGGUAUGGGACACAGCAGGCCAGGAGCGCUUUCGUAAAUCCAUGGUGGAACACUACUACCGCAACGUCCACGCAGUGGUCUUUGUGUAUGACGUCACCAAGAUGACUUCCUUCCGCAACCUACAGACAUGGAUAGAGGAGUGUAAUGGCCACCGGGUCUCAGCAUCAGUACCUCGAGUCCUGGUGGGAAACAAGUGUGACCUCGUGGAGCACAUACAGGUGCCCUCCAACAUGGCGUUGAAGUUCGCCGACUCCCACAACAUGCUGCUGUUUGAGACGUCGGCCAAGGACCCGAGGGAGAGUCAGAACGUCGACUCCAUCUUCAUGUCCAUCGCCUGCCGCCUGAAGGCCCAGAAGUCCCUGCUCUACAGAGACGUGGAGAGAGAGGACGGGAGAGUCCGACUCACACAAGAGACUGAGACAAAGAGUAGUUGUCCUUGUUGAGGAAAAGGAGGAGUGGGAGGCAUAAUGGAAGGGGAAGAGAGAAGAGUAACUGUGCAUGUGGAGAAAAAAAAAGGAGGAGAGGGAGGAUGGGGAGAGUGAGGCUAAAAACAAGAGUCUUUUAAAUUACGUGCAACUUUUCCGGUUUUGGAGGAGGAAUGGGGCUGACGCUAAAGAGCUAUGUGUUUCAAGGAAGAGGAUGGAGGAGGAUAGGGUGGAGACAAAGGGUGCUGAAGAUAAAGAGAAAAGAGAACAAAAGGGAUUCAUUAACCAUUCAGAAAUGAGUCAAUGUUGCCUUUUAGACUACGGCAUAGUGUAGAAAUGCUUCCAUCUUUUCAAACGUAGACCGAAAUUGAGUGAAUAUACUUACAGCGUGCCCAGUGCAAAGGCAAGCAAAACACAAGAGAUGAGUCAUUUGGGGAUUUACAACAAACAGUCUCAAUGCAAGGCUGGUGUUUCUGUUCAUGACAACCAUUACUAACAGCAACAUUCUGGGGCAACAUAUCUGAACACGGUCUGAUUUUGGUUGCCUUGUCCCGAUUGAUUUUCAUCCACAUCCUAGCUGAAAAGCAGUAUUUCACAACCUAUGUCCACUGCCUUAAAAAAAGCUGCCUCUGUCUUGGUUUUAAGAACUCAGUCAGGCAAAAAUAGCAUAGAGGUUUCAAGUGGUUUAACCUUCUCGAUGAUGACCGAAGGACUCGUUUUUUUCUCAGAAUUUUCAAUCCUUCAAGAGCAGGACAGUUGACUUCAAAUCACUGUGAGAUCAUGAGUACAAGGGAUGGAUGGGGAAACACUUCCUAGACAAAUGUAAUGUGGAUAAAAUAUGGGGCAAAAAUACCAGGUUAGCUCGAAGGACCUAUUCAGGAAGACCUUGACAAGGUUUCCUGAAAAAAAAAACCCGGAGCAUCUAGAGGUUGUCAGGCAGCGUGUCACAUAUUGAUUUAGAGGCUGUAAAAGAUCCUCUUACCCUCAUGCAGGAGAAAUGCACUCCGUCAUCUAGCAUCUAAUCCUGACGUAAACAUAUCCCCUCUAUGCUAACCUUCUGCCUCAGUGGCUUAUCCAGCUUUCCCUUUGUGCGCAAAUGCAAAAACACCCAGUUUUUUUUGGGUGACUUCAAGAUAGCCAGUACAGCAGGCUGUCAUCGUGAACCAUUCGUACAUAUAGUUACUAAAAGUAAUGCACCGUAAUUCGUAUGUAUUCCACAGAUAUAUUGCUAUGUGCACCACAGUAACUGCCGCUGUAUAAGACUGCUCUGGUUCCGCGUGGGGAGGAAGUCGGGGUGGAUGGGUGGUCAUAAAAAGCAUGGCUUUCAAGCGGGGGAGCGGAGUUUGUGUCCUGGGGAAGAAACACAAGACUUUCACCCAAGAAACGCGUGUUUGUGUCCUGGGAGUACUACUUGAAGGGACCAGUGUUUUAAUCCAAACCCGUAUCUUAUUUCAAUUAUUAACUAGUCAUUUUGGUGCCUAAACUUAACCGCACAACGGUCCCUUUUUGGUCGACUAAACUGCAACAGCCUCUGAAAUGACCGGGCACCUCGCGAUGACUGGUACCCGCCUCCCAGUAAUCUUUUCUUGGCCAAAUGUAACUGUGAAGACCUUUUAAAGGGAUACACCACCGUUUGUCUUGUUUUUGUCUCAGUGCAAGUAAUUAGGUUGUUUUUU